UCCUUCCACAUGCAUGCCCAUCACAUACAUGGUUGCUAUACUUCAUCACGGUCAUUCAUAUUUAAAAUGUUCAAUAAGAUACGAUGACAGAUAAGGCAUGUGGAGGUGCUUAGGGUCCAUCUGGCCUGAGGAAAGAGAAGUAUUCUGUAAUCAAAUCAUGCCUCGCAUCGGGAGAUAUUCCCACAACUGAUGGAGAGCGAGUGAAUCCCCACUGCCGUUUAGCAGUCAACACAGUUUGUAGCGUAACACUGUGAUGUUUACUUGGAAACACGGUCAGAGGUGCACCUGAAUUGAGAUGUCUGUGUAGAACAGAAUAUAGGCUAAUAGUGGUGCUUAUUGAUCUCGUCCCGGGGACAAAGGGAGAUGUUUACGACAAGCCAUGUUUACACAGACUGGAUGUUAUCUCUGCUUUUCACUGUUCGAAUACAUUGUUUAUGACCUCUGGUGAUGCUUGUUGGUCACUGGGAGCCAGCUGCUGUGUCACAAACAAGAUGUAGCUAGUUCCUAGAGUUUCUUCAAAAUAUUGUAGACCUAUUUAUUUAUAGGGUAUAGCCUAGCUUACGAAGUUCAAAGAAAAUACAUUUUAAAAUUAAACUGCCUACAUCGGAUCUUUGAAGAGAGUCAUGAUAUCUUACAGAUCUCACGGUUUCCCUUAACGUUUCAUCUCCGUCAUUAAUUAUGGAUGGUUGUGUCAUGUCUGCUUGCUGGACAGCAUCUCAGAUUUGACAAGCUUAAUGAAUCGCCAAGCUUGACUUCAAAGCUUCCACCGUGGUAUAGAUUUCAUGAUUUUUAUAUGAAGGUGCUUUUCAAAGUGUGAGGGUCAAGAAAAAGGUUUAUAUAUAGCUGCUUCUUGGGGAAGUUUGAGGCAGACAGCUAUCCGCAUAUUCAUAUGCGUGCGUAAUGCGCUCUUGUGCCGUAGAGUCCGCAGUCCCGCGCAGUCACAGCGUUCUCCUCAUGUUAAGAUGAACGGUAAAGGAUACCCGACUCCAUCCUACGUUUCCACUAAUUGUGUAAACUUGCAGUAAUACAAACAGAUCAAAUCGUUAACAAAUAUCACCAUGGAUGAUAUCGACACAUAUACCUGGAAUCAAACAACUUAUCAUCUCAACGAGUCGGACAGUGAUGAUGGGAGCCACCUGGAUGAAUAUUCCAACUUUGUGCACGUUACGGAGACCACGAUACUACCUUCUCUAAUAGGCGUCCUGUGUUCCACGGGACUCGUGGGAAACAUCCUCGUGCUGGUGACAAUCUUGAGGACCACCAAGAAGACUGUUCCUGACGUGUAUGUGUGUAACCUGGCAGUGGCAGAUGUGGUGCACGUGACCGUCAUGCCCUUCCUCAUCCACCAGUGGGCGCGCGGGGGGCACUGGGUGUUUGGCAGCACCCUCUGCACCAUCAUCACCUCCAUCGACAACUGUAACCAGGUGGCCUGCGCAGCUGUCAUGACGGCCGUCAGCCUGGACAGGUACCUGGCGGUGGUCCACCCGCUCCGCCUGAUGACCCUGAGGACCCGCUCCAGAACCAUCCGUAUCAACCUGUGUGUGUGGGUGGUGUCCUUCGUCCUGGUGCUGCCCGCCUGGCUCUACUCAGAGGUGCUGCGCUUCCCCGACGGCCUGGAAAGCUGCACCAUGAACCUGGUCUCUCCCAGCGCAGUGCUCUGGUACACCCUGUAUCAGACCAUGACAUCGUUCUUCCUGCCGCUGCCCCUCAUCCUGACGUGCUACUUCCUCAUCCUCACCUCAACAUGGAGGAAGUACCUGAAGACCAAGCAGGCAAGCCGCUGCAACAUGAGCCUACCCAGACAGCGCGCCAUCCGGCUCACCCGGAUGGUGCUGGUUCUAGUGGGCGUGUUCAUGGUGAGCGUGGCGCCCUAUCAUGUUCUCCAGCUUGUAAACCUGAGGGUGCGCCGGCCCUCAUUGGCCUACCACACCUGCUACUACCUGUCCGUCUGCCUGAGCUACGCCCCCAGCUCCAUCAACCCCUUCAUCUACAUCCUGCUGAGCAGACACUUCCGCAAGCGCCUGACCCAACGCCCAGCGCACAGCGACCCCGAGGGAGACAGCGAGACUCCCGCCAAAGCCAACACACACACGCAGUCACGCAGAACACACUACUAAUUCGGACAUCCCUUUCAACACACACACAUACACGCAUUCCACACACAUACAUACAUACACGCACACACACACAAUACUCCAACCUCUGCCAGCCUGUGAGAGUACCAUUGAGGCAGAAUAUACACUGUGACCUUCUGUUCAAGUCUUCUUGUCUGUCUGCCCAUGUCUGUCAAUGUCUGCCUGUCUACCUGUCUGUUUAUCUGUCUGUUUACCUGUUCGCCUGUCUACCUGUCUGUUUAUCUGUCUGUUUACUACCUGUUUGCCUGUCUACCUGUCUGUUCAUCUGUUUGUCAAUGUCUGCCUGUCUAUUUAUCUGUUUGUCACUUUGUCGCCUGUCCACCCGAUGCUUGUCUACAUAUCCCUACAUAUGUUGACUAGCUCGUUGUAGGACCUAUAGCUACCUAUAUAUUGACCAGCAUGUUGUCAGAGAUUCAAUUGUCGUGUUUUGUUUUUUUUAUCUUCAUGUGAGGCUCAGAUUUGAGAUUCUUGUGGUGUCCAAGCGCUCUCCACAGGCAAACUGUGGUAUUACAAGAGCAUAGACGUACAGUACAAUGCCACUUUCUGAAUGUGCAUUUUGUUAUAUAAUUGAAACUUUUACGUUAUGAUAUGUGUCUUUUUUGUCAUGAAAUGCCAAU